UCAGGUGGCCUUGGGAGUCGAAAUCGUGUCUUUCACCGCCAAGCCUCGCCGAAACCUUAGCUCGAUUUCGACCACAACAUCAUCCGACCCCGACCUCUUCGAGUCUUAUUCUCCUUCCUGACAUCAUCCCCCCUCAACCAAAUAUCGUUUGGCCGUACCCUAACUUCGUCUGUCAUGCACGCUACCCAGCAGAAGCUCAUCCAAUCCCACGUGAAAAAAAUCACCCAACUAGAAACGCAGUCCAAAACCAAACAACGCACGAUUGAGUCUCAGACUGCGAAGAUUUCGGAAUGGAUUCCAAGUCCUGGGCCCAGGAGAAGCUGAUCGGAGUCCAAGAAGCGAAGAUUAAGAAGAUGGACUCGCAAGCCAUCUCGGACCGAGCGCUCAUUGUGGCUCUUGAGGACAAGGUCUCCAAGUUCGAGUCACAGACCGAGGCUGACAAGCUGAUGAUCAAGGACCAAGGGAGACAGAUCUCUGAGAUGGAGUUGGCAUCAAAGGUUCAGGACGGCCAGUCCAAGGUGUACCAGGACGAGCUGAAGGCGCUGCGGAAGGAAGUGAAAGCGCUGGAGGUCAAGAACAUUGACUUGACCAAGCAAGUAGCGGAGAAGAGCAAAGAGGCCGGCGAGAACUGGGCCAAGAUGAGGGCAGCGCAGGCCAAGAUUCGCGGCAAGAAGAAGGAUUUCAAGGAGAAGGAGGCGAGGCGUGCUGCAGUCAUGAACGACUGCACCCCGGACGCAGUAGCGUUGGCGGAGAAGGUUGAGGCUGAGGCGGAGGCGGAGGCGGAACGGGUGAAGGCUAUGAAGAAGUUGUAAGUCCCGGCUUGUUUUGUGGUAUCCCUUAACCUUCCAGUCUCCGACGGUCGCCCCUGUUCCCUCAAUUUCGACUUCAAAGACCAACCCUUUCGAGCAAAGUGACGCGGAAGACAUUGUAGGUCAGC